UCGACAAAUAAAAGUGUAAUGAGACCAAGAAAAGUACCAAGGGCUAAAUAUGCGUUUCUCCUAAAUACGAUCACGGAGGUGUACCUUAAGACUCCGUCUUGUCGUUUCUAGAGGCGGUAACCUAGAAAUACCGGUUGCGUGGAUAAAACCAAAUGGCCAUGGAAUCAACAAGGAUUGUUGCAGUACAGUGCGAAAGGCUGUAUCAGGCACUGUGCGAGUGCCACAGACGUAUACCGGCCGGUCAAGGAAGAGAGGUGUCAUGUAGGCACCUGAACCGUGGUCUGGCAGAGUGCCUGGUAUCAGUGGUUUGUCCUGAAGAGUCGGAGGCGGUUCGCAGCCUAUGCAAUAGUGGUGGAACUGCCUUGAAGCGGUCGCAGUGCCGCCAGGCUCAGCUCUCUCUCUCCAUCUGUCUAUCUUCCCACCAGUCCUGAUUCCUCAAUUUCAAUACCCAGCUCAGUCUAGCUCCUCCAUUAAUAUGGGAAGCCAUCGAUUGUUGGUUGUUGAUGGAGGAGAGAAAAGGGUGCUAGCGUUAGUGUUGGCGUAGUAAGAACAUGAACGACCAAGAUUCUCUCUUGACAAUUGCAUGCUCUCCAUUACCCCCGUUGGCAUACUUGAUGCUCUCAAGUUGAUGAUUACUUUGUUUGAUCGUUUGAGGGAGAGUGCUAUCCACCAUAUGGGUUUUCACAAGGUUGUUUAUUUAGUUUGGUGGCCAAGGAUUUGGGUCCAGCAGUGCAAGUCUAUCUUGUUUAAUCCAGCUAUUCAACCUCUCUAUUAUGUUAUAUUCUUUGGAGGUUGUCAUCUCAGACGGCGGUAGGUAGGGCUGUGAUGGCAGAUGCUUUGAAUUGUUCUUUAAUUUCAUUUUUAGGCCUUUGGGCCAAUCUUAAUCUGAGCCUUAAGCUCGUUAUCUUAAGUUUUAUGGAUCUUGUACCCUCUGUUUCAAACCCUUUAGGGUUAGAUAUGAUUUGACCUUUGGUCUUUUUAUAGGCCUUUAUUUAUUGUAAGAGGAUAUGUUGUACUA